AUGGAGCUUAAUGGAAUAAAAUCAAUACUAAUUGGACUUUAUGUGCCAAAUGAUGAUAAAUCUUGGAAAGAGAAAGCCGUUUUAGUAGUGAGCUGGAGUGGCAUACAGAUGGAACGGUGUAUUUUUGGAUUCUAUUGCUUAGUUCUUAUGGACCCAGGACAAGUUUGGACUGGAACACUUAAUCCUCAGAAACGUGAGUCAGAACUGCGGGUGGAGGUCAAAGACAAUAUCACUUCGGGUCCCAUCUUAGAGGACACAAUUGUAGCCCCCACAGAGUCCAUCUCUGGGGGAGAUCGGUGCCUUGGUUAUUAUGAUGUGAUGGGCCAGUGGGAUCCUCCAUUUAACUGCAAUUCAGGGAUCUACAAUUUUUGCUGUGGGACUUGUGGUUACCGCUUCUGCUGCCAAUUCACAAGUGGAAAACUUGAUCAAAGUGGUUGUUCAAAUUAUGAGACACCAGAAUGGGUUAACACAGGCCAACCACCACCUCGAGUGGAUGAGACUCCUCAAAAUCCUACCAAGGACAAGACCAACAUGAUUGUAUACAUUAUUUGUGGUGUGGUGGCCAUCAUGGUGCUGGUGGGUAUCUUCACCAAACUGGGACUGGAGAAAUCCCAGAGCCCUCAAGCUGAGAUUACCAUGUCCAGAACACUCACAGAUCUUCUAAAGCAGCCUGGACAUAGCUCAUCUGAUCACUUGCCUGAUGGCCAUAUCAGCAGUGUGCAGGUCCAGAUUGGUGAUGGCCUUUCUCGGGGAUCUCCCUCAAGUAACAAAGAUCAGAAACACCUGAACAAUGCUGUGAUCAACUCCUCCACAGUCUCACAGAUUGGGCUGUCACACUCACAUAACAAUCAGCUGCAAAUGACAAGUAUUUUGCCUAACCAGGCUUCAGAUUAUGCCAAAUAUGCCACCCUCAAGGCUGUAGAAAGUGCCCCAGAAGAAUUCUAUAAGAGAUUUCCCAUGGUGGAGAUGCCAUCAUCAGGCACCUUGUCAUUUUCUCCCCUAACGCUUCAUCGAAAUGAUCUCCCACCUUUUCCAGAAGGCACUGCUCUCAUUGGCUUGGGGACACCAGGACAGAAAACUAAAGUGAUGAAAACCAAUGCAGGCAGCCCUGUCUUCAAAGGGGGCUGGGAUCACAGCCAUCCUGAAUUUCGACGACAAGCUUAUGCCACCAGGCGUCAGUUCAGUAUUGAGAAGCUGCCUGAGGUCUUCAGCCAAACCCCCACUCAUUAUGUGCAGCAACAACGGCUUUUUUCCACUAAUAGCAAGACUGAGGUCACUGUCUAG